ACAGUUAUUGUUUUGCUUUUGCUACUGUUUAUGUUGAUCUUUACUGUACAUUCUACUGUACCUCAACCACGAGCACCUAACUUCCAAUAUUUUGAAAGGCCAAAAUACCGAUACCCGUACUAUGAUGAGAAUGGCAAGGGAAAGUUAUUAUAUGGCUAUGGAGGACCGGAGCUGUAUCAAUAUAAAUCCUACACGCCAUUAGAAGGAAUUCACUAAAUCGAUUUUACAUCUACUACAUCUUGUGAUCUAUGUAUAAUAUAUGUGGUAGCCUCUAUUGUUGUAAAUAGAUAAUAAAACUGGUUUCUAAGGUAUUAGUAAAAUGACGUUGGCGAUCCUACGUUAGUCAACGCCUAAAAGGAAGAAGUCUCUAAUAUAGUUAUUGAUUUUC